AUGUUCGAGAAUUACCUUCAAUUAGCCCAGAUCGCCCUGGUUGUUUGCCCUUCAUAUGUUGUUUUUGGCUACAAUCAAGCAGGUUUGGGGGGACUCUUGAAUUUUCCAUCCUGGACAGAACAAUUUCCUGCGAUUGAUACUGCCAACACCGUCGGUCACGAAAAAAGCCAUCAUUCAACUGUUCAGGGGGCCAUCGUCGCCUCCUUCACACUCGGUGCUCUAUUUGGCUCGCUCAGCUGUGUGUGGAUUGGUGAUUACCUUGGUCGGAAGCGUACUAUCUUCCUCGGAGCAUGCGUCUCCAUCGUGGGCCAGGUCUUGGAACUGUCCGCUCAUUCCUUGCUCCAAUUUACUAUCGGCAGAGUCAUCAUCGGCGUCGGAGUGGGAUUAUUGAGCGCCACGGUACCUGUCUGGCUUUCUGAAUGCUCUUCUGCCGACAAACGAGGUCGCAAUGUUGUGCUAACGGGGCUCUUUAUUGCCCUCGGCUUUGCAAUCUCAGAGUGGGUAAACUUUGGCUUUUAUCACAUUCAGGAUUCGGCUGCCUCUUGGAGAGGGUCAUUGUCAGUACCACUUCUGUUCUCGUCUGUGAUUAUUUGCAGCAUACCAUUCCUUCCCGAAUCGCCUCGCUGGCUAGUCCGCAAAAACGAAAUCACUGCCGCAAAGCAGGCGCUUGCAGCACUGAAACAAAAACCGGUGGAUUCCGAUGAGAUCAUCGCGGAGGUGGCUGGGAUUGAGAUGUCCCUCGAAGAUCACAAAGAGGUCUCUCUCAAGGAUCUGUUCGUCAUGGGAGAGGAUAAACUCUUCUAUCGUUUUGCUCUUUGUAUGCUGCUUCAGUUCUUCCAGCAGAUGAGCGGUGGGACCUUGAUUUCGGUCUAUAUCCCAAUCAUUUUCGAAAAGAAUUUGAAUCUUGGUCCCAGCACUGGAAAGAUUCUUGCCUCCGCUGCUAUGACAUGGAAGUUCCUUUCCUGCUUCGUCUGUUUCUUUAGCAUAGACAGAAUCGGACGACGCGUGGCUUUCAUGAUUAGCGGAGCUGGAAUGUCUCUCUGCAUGACAGCAAUGGCCGUGUCAAACUCCUUCGGUAGUGACAACCACUCGGCUUCCAUAGCCUCUGGGUUUUUCAUCUUUUUGUUCAACUUCUUUCUUCCUAUCGGAUUCCUCGGAGCCAAUUUCCUCUACACGACAGAGGUGGCACCAGCGAGUCUCCGGGUUGCGAUGCAGGCCAUUUCAACCGCAAAUCAUUGGCUCUGGAUGUUCGCAGUCGCGAUGAUGACUCCUGUCGCUUUUAACGAUAUUGGAUAUCGUUAUUAUAUCGUCUAUGCGGUAAUUGCCGGUAUGAUAGCUCCGACGGUGUACUUUUUCUACCCGGAGACAACGGGCCAAAACCUGGAGGACCUCGACCUCAUCUUCCGCGAAGCUCCAUCCAUCAGGGACGUUGUGAGAUUAUCGAAGAAACCGCGCGUACGCAGUGAGAGCACGCAUACCUCGGAUUAUAAGGCACAGCUCGAACACAUUGAUCUGGUGGAAUGCUAG